UAUUUUACAUGAAUAACUGUAGAACAACAGCGAACACGCAAAACAAAUGCAAUAGAAUCGGCGAAGAGUAAGAACGCAGAAAGUACAAAAAGUGAGGAUUUUAACAAAUUAUUGAAAAAGAAAAAACGGCGCAAAGAAUUGAAUUGAAGUUUGAAACAGCGCGUAUGGAAAAUGCCUUAUUAUGGUAUUUAUAUUCCUUCGAAGGGUGGCGCUGCCACGGCGGGCAGUGGUGCGUCGACCUCAACAAAUUUGAAUAGCAAUGGAGGAGGAGGCGUAAAUAAUAAUUCCAAUGAAAAAAAUGCAGCUGAAUCUCCAUAUGUCUUCCAUGCUAAAAUCGAAGCACUAGAAAUGCUUAAAUUGUACAAAGAUGGUCGUCUACGUGAAUUUAACACCAGAGACGAUGCUUACAAAUAUGUACAAACUGGUUGCGAAGUGGUGCAAACAAAAUACUUUGAUGUUAAAACUUCCACUGCCGCUGUGGAAAAAGCUGCUUUCCGCGGUCCAACAAAACAUGAAUUAAUAGAUUUCCGUAAAGCUAUCGAAUCGGGUAAUUAUGAAGGUGUUAAAACGAUGAUAUGGGAUAAUCCACGUUAUCUUGUGAGUUCCGGUGAUACACCAACUACUCUUAAGGAGGGCACACGCUACAAUGCUAUGCAUAUCGUUGCCAUAUCCAAGAAACCACAAAUAGGUGAUCUUAUACUGAAAACAGUGUCUGAUCCAAAGUUUGUGGAUCUGUUGACUGGCAAAAAGAAUGAUAUUAAAAUGUGUAAGGAGUUAUGUGCAAACCUAUUGGAUUACUAUUUAAAUAUGCCCGAGAAGGGACGUAGUGAAACCCCUUUGCAUUUAGCAGCUAAAAUAGGUUGCUUAGAAGUAAUUGAAGUAUUGAUUUCAUAUCCUGCUUGUAAAAUGACAUUAAAUAAGGAUGGUCAACUACCAAGAGACAUAAUUUGUUCACGUGUUUCAAAUUCGACCAGUGAACUUCACAAAAAAAUUGAAUGUUUGUUGGAGGAACGGUUUUAUGUCCCUGUAUUAAGGUCAACAGAUAAUGUUGUGCCACCACAAAUUGGCGAACCGUUUUCAGCUAAUAAUCCACCAAACUUUAAUUCUGAUCCACUGAGCCCAGAAGUUAAAAUUCAAGCAUUGGCCGGACCAAUGAGUAAGGAGCAAGCUACGAAAUUUUGUCGUCGCUGGAAAACGCCACCUCGUGUUGGAAGUAACAUCACAUCACCACUUGUCAAUAAUGCUUAUAUAUCGCCAAUUAAAAUACGCAGUAAUAUGAAUACACCAGUUAAGGGUUUUGUGACUAAUGACGGCACUCCAGCUUCAUUAAAGAGAAGAGCAUUGUUUGCUGCUACACCACCAAAUUCACCCAUAACAAAAAUGGUUACUGAUGAUGAAAACUUGAUUGACAAACAAAAUGGCAAUCAUAAAUAUACCGAAAAUCUCGAAAUAGCUACAAGUAUCGAAGAAAUGUCAGUAGAAAAAGAGAAAAAUAAUAAUGAACAACAGCAGCAGGAACAACAAGUGCAUUUUCCAGUUGUGAACAAAUCUCAUGGUUCUAUGUUGCGUGCUGCAUUAUGUCCUAAAACACCAUUGCUGGUAACAAAACAAGAAGCAUUUUUCACUUAUCGUGAGCAAUACGCCCCUUCACCUGUAGCUCUAGAUAUAAGUAUGAAUAAUUCAUUUCUUCCCGAGCGUGGUAUAUAUGACACACCUGGUUAUACGGAACGUCAUAUUAAAUUAACUGAUACUGAAAAGGGUUUAGAAAUGUUAGGACGCGAAUUGGCUAAAGAAAAUAAUGUGGACUGGCGUGAAUACUGGGAUUUUCUGGAUUCCUUUAUAAAUAUUACUUCGGAUGAAGGUUUGCAAAGAUUUGAAAAUUACUUAGCGCAACGCUUAAAACAAAAGGAACUUAACAAUAAAACAGCUAAAGCAGUGGGUUCAUGUCCUUUAGUAUUAGAUGAUGUUUGCAAUGCUUUAGAAAAAUUGGGCAUUUCGAAAAAUGGUAAUAAUUAUGCUACACAGAAUGGCUUUAGUAGUGAAAGAAAUUCUGAAAACAAUAGUGCAGCGGCCAAUAUGGCAUCAACCGCUACUACACCUUACACAUGUGUAGAAAAAUCGUUACAAGUAUUCGCCAAACGUAUGACCAAAACUAUUAUACACAAUGUCGAUAAUGUUGUAUCCAUAAAUGAUACUCUACUCUCUGAACUUAAAAGACUGAAAUCAUUGAUAUGUAGCUUUAAGGAGGAUACGCGCUUCCUUGAUGUAGAGUUCUCUAAAGUUCACUCACGUAUUGCAAAUUUAAUAUCAAUUUACUUGGAUAACUCGCAAGAAAUCUCUAUGACAAUGACAAAAAAAAUAAAAGGCAUAAUGCAAAAUCUUUUGCUUACACCUGGUGAACGUCGUGAACAUAUAGAAUGUAUAUGCCUCAGAAUUAAAUAUUUGCUAGAUAAUUCUGUGCAACAAAUACAACCGGAAAAUUUGAAAACGGAGGCUAUAUGCGCAAAAGUCUGGCAUGAUGAAGCAGAUUGUAAGUGCCAGUGGGAAUCGAAUUUAAGUCGCAAAACUUCACGUCGUAAUCGUAUGGAAGCGCGUUACAGAAGUAAUCAAUCCAAACUUUCAGACAAGAGUUUGCCAAAAACUGCCGAGUUUCCGCAACAAGCAAGUGGUGAACAAUUAUUGCAAAACAGUUCUACGGAAAAUGAUUCUUCUGAUGAUUUAGAAUACGAAGAUGUAUUUUGGUCCGAUUAUUCUGCUGAUAGUGAGGAUGCGGACGAAUGGUUCACUCCACCAGAUUCGCUAUCUCGUUGUAGUAUUAUGGAUGAAUCAGAUGAUGGACAGCCUAAAAUUUAUAUAUAUGGUGACGAACCUUCAAAACGUGAUUUAGAUGUGUUAAAUGCUAUAUUUCAUAUUGAUAUUGACAAGACACUAUAUCCGAAUAUUGAUACUUGGAAAAAUACACUAAUGCGCCACUCAAAUGAAGAAAUGGAUUACUUCCCUUCGCCAGUAAUUAAAAAAUCUCUUUCUUUUAGUGCGCAAAAUGUUACUAAACAAAAUGUACAAAUAAAGAAACUUUCGUCGCCUCAGCUACACUACACAAGCCAAACGUCACAAUCGCCCCAACUGCCAACGCAGAAGCGCCUUUUUAUGUCGCCGUCAUUGAGUAAUAAAGCUCCACAAAAACAAAAUCUACCGCUGCGUACUCCAAUUAAUAAAUUGCGUGGCUUAUUCUCCACAUUUCGUGAAAAUGUGGACUCCACUCCUAUGUCAUCUGCGUCAUCUAUAUCGUCAUUGUCGCCAGAUACAUUUUCAGUUGAUGAUACUAAAUCAUUGUCACUGUUAAAUAUGUCUACACCAGAAUAAGAAUUUAUGCAUAAUAUUUUUAUAAUUUUAUAU